AUGUCUAUCAAGCAACCCAUCCUCAGAUGUCCGUUUCCUGAGUGCCAUUCACGGAUUAUGGUCUCCCCUCCCAAACUGAGUACCGUGGGCAUUAGAAGCUCCCCUGAUAUGCUCGUGUGCCAUGGCACCGAGAUCCCAACCCUAGAGUCUGCGACUGAUACCCUCCAGUUCUACCAGAUCAAUGAUAUAUGGGCAUUCGACAACAUUGGAGUGUCCAGAUCGACCGAUGGCGUGUUUACGUCCCCUGCGACGCCGGUGCUCGUGGCUGGCGAGAAGAUUAAGCUCGAUCGCUUCUUGACCUGUGCUGACUGCGAUAAGGGCCCGUUGGGAUUUGCUGGUGUCGCUAGCGGCCAUGGGAUAAAGGAGGCUGGCAAUCUAGAUGCGAGGGUGUUACAGGCCCAGGACUUGUGCUACUACUUGAGCCAAAACACAUCACCCCUCUUGCCUCUCUCCCCCGCAAUGUUCACGUUUGAAUCCUUGGUGUCGCCUCUGGAUUCCUCUACACGCUGCUCGCGGCUAUCGUUUGGGCUGGUCCACAUCCUUGCGGACCCCGGCUGGGACUCGAUUGCAGACCUCGCGUAUCUCGCGCCCGCGGUAGCAGAGACCCACCUCAUUCUCUUGUCGCACCCGACGGCGGAGUAUCUCGGCGGCUAUGCGAGCCUCUUACACCACUAUCCCGUGCUCAAAACAAUCCCCACGUAUUCGACGUUGCCGGUAACGAAUCUCGGGAGGGUCAACACCAUCGACCAGUACCGCUCGGCGGGGCUCAUCGGGCCGCUAGACACGGCGCAGUUCGAGGUGGAGGACAUCGAAGACAUGUUUGACAAGAUCCUCCCGUUGAAGCACGCGCAGACGACGCAGCUCACGGGAAACUUCGACAACCUCCGCAUCACGCCGUACAACGCGGGGCACACACUAGGCGGGACCGUCUGGUUGCUCUCCAAAGACAACGAAAAGAUUGUUUACGCGCCCGCCUGGAAUCACUCCAAGGACUCGUUUCUCAACGGGUCCGCCUUCUUGCAGGCUAACGGACAGCCAUUGCCGCAGCUCCUCAGACCGACGGCCGUUAUCACCAACUCUAAUAUCGGGUCGGCCUUGCCGCACAAGAAGCGCACGGAGAAGUUUCUCCAGCUUGUGGACGCCACGCUUGCCAACGGUGGAUCCGUGUUGCUCCCGUCCUCACUCGGUGGCCGAAUGCUCGAGCUCAUCCACUUGGUCGACGAGCACCUCCAGAGCGCACCCAUCCCCGUGCUCAUGCUCGCACACACAGGCUCACGCGUGCUCAACUACGCAGGGUCCAUGUUGGAAUGGAUGGCGCCUGCAGUCAUCAAGGACUGGGAGCUGAAGAACCAGGUACCGUUCGAUGCGUCGCGUGUGCAGUUGAUCGAGGCCCAUGAGCUUCCCAAAUUCUCCGGGCCCAAGGUCGUGUUUGCCGCAGAUAGCUGCUUCAGCCGCGGCACCGACGCCCAGGCAUGUCUUGCCGCUUUGUGCAGCGACGAGCGGACAACCAUCUUGCUUACCGAGCGUACCCACGGCCGCUGUCUUGCGAAGGAGUUGUACAGCACUUGGGAGGCGUUGUCGAUGCAGCGCCUGGGCAAGCUUGAGGACGGGAACGCCGUUCCGUUUGAGCAAACCUUGGUGUUUGACACCAAGAAGGAGGAGCCGUUGUCUGGCUUGGAGCUUCAAGAGUUCAAAUCCAUCGUUGCCGGUCGCCGGCGCGAAAAGGCCGCCGCCAAAAACAUUGACAAAAAGAACAAGUCGUUGCUCAGCUCGGACAACACCAACAUCUUGGACGAAUCGUCAGAUGAGUCAUCCGAGGAGGAAGACAUCAAAGAGGUGGUGGCCCCCACGGAUGAGGGGCUUGUCGACAUGGACGUGCGUGCCGCCAAGGGAAAACACAGAAUGUUCCCCUUCCUCCAGAAACGGCCUCGCUACGACGACUACGGCGAGACCAUUCGGCACGCAGACUACCAGAAGGUUGAGGAGAAGAAGUUUGACCGGCGCAAGUUCGUGCCGAAGGACGUCAAACCCGGCCAAAAGCGCAAGUGGAACGACGCGGAAGUGUUGGAGAAGGAGAAGAAGGAAUUCAAGGUGAAUGAGUUGGACUCAUUACACAACCCCAGACGUGUGGUGUAUGGCACACAGUCGCUCGGCGCGCGGUGCGGGUUGGCGUUUGUGGACCUCGCAGGGCUCGUGGACUUGCGGUCGAUGGCGAUGAUUUUGCCGUUGUUGAAGCCCAAGAAGGUAGUGCUUUUGGCUGACGUCACCGAACCGCGCAACCAGGCAGUGGUGUACAACUUCUUCUCCAAGUCCGCAAACUUUGCCAAGAAUGGCAUCGAUGUGUUGUGCGUGGCGGUAAACGAGGCGUUGGAGAUUGGUGGAGCCAAUAAUUCGUUCGAGAUCCGUUUGGACGACGAGCUCGUGAAGUUGUUGAAGUGGCAGAACAUCACCGGCGGAUACUCCAUCUCCCACGUGAUUGGCGAGGUUGCGGUUGUCGAGCGCGACACGUUGGCAGAGGACCGCAAGGCCGAGAUGAACGACGACGAUGACGACGACGACGACUACGACCCGGAGGCCAAGGUGAACGACAACACGGAACUCGUAUUGCGGCCGUUGUCAGCGCCUUCUACGUCGAUUAUACAAACGCAGCCGUUGGCCGUAGGCGACAUCCGGCUCUCGGAGUUGAAAAAGAGGUUGGGUGCCGCCAACCACAGGGCCGAGUUCAAGGGCGAAGGGACGUUGGUGGUCAAUGACGAGGUGAUUAUCCGCAAGGUCAACGAUGGAAAUCUCAUAGUUGACGGGUUCCCCGGGACAUUGUUUUACGAGGUCAGGGAGUCUGUUAGAGGGAUGCUUGGGUACGUGGGGUAG